CCGGAGGCUCUCUGCCAACCGGGAGAACCGGCCGGCGAACAAGUCGGCCUUCUCUGUUACCGGUUUUGGCAUCUCGUUGUGUUACGGGAAAUGAUAAAGCCAUAAAGCAAAAUGCAUAAUGAGAGUGUAGCAGAAGCCAUCAAUCGAUCUUGAACCAGAGUGAAGAACUACUACUCUGGAUGCGUUUGCGGUGAUGGCACUCGACGUCGCAACCUUCGAAAGCAUUUGCCCUUCUCGAUUUAUCGCAUUCACGAUUCCCGAUCCCGUUUGUUCUGAUUCACUGCUCCGAGUUGCGGUUCUGGACUCACCGAUUCCAGCUUCUGACUCACCCCUUGUUGCUGCCAUGUUCGUCCCUGAAGCCCGCGAAACUGAUUGGAUCUUCUCUACUGAAUGGGGUCAUCUCCAGCUGCUCUUUAGUUCUCCUGGUGUAUCUCGCCUCAUUUUGUUGGGAAACGAAUUCAGUGAGGGCGAUUCUUCACCAACUAUUUAUCACCGUCCGGUAGUAUCUUCGUUGCGUCGGAAGGAGCUUGAGGUAUGCUCUAAACCUCUUCUCCUCGCCUUGUCUCCGAGAUCGUUAUUUAAAAAUGACAUUCCGGAGGUACCGAUUUUGAGUUAUGAAGAUAAUUUGGUUUCUAGUGUGGUAAUACAUAAAUGUGUUGGUUGUCUUGUUGGUGAAAUGCUGGUUGAAGAUGUUGGAAUUGAAAGCCAGAGUGGCGUGGAUGGUUGUUAUAAACGGGAAUUUCGAAGGCGUUUGAGGUUCAAGAGGAUGCCUAAUUUGAUUCAGACUGAAAUUCUUAUAGUGCCUGAUACAGAAGAUUUUCAUUCGCCUAGUGUAGGGAUUGGUGAGGUGGAUUUUAUGCCUGAUCUUCGGGUUUUGGUUCACCCUUACUUGGCUCCGAUGGUGGCAAGCCUAUCGUUGAUCAGUGAAUAUAUAGAGGGGCGAAUUCAGCUUGGGAUUAGACCAAAAGCUUUAUGUCUUGGGGUUGGAGGUGGGGCUUUACUUUCUUUCUUGAGAGACCAAUUGGAUUUUGAGGUCAUGGGUGUGGAUGCUGAUAAGGAAGUUUUGAGGGUUGCAAAGCAGUAUUUUGGAUUAGAAGAUAGUGAGUUUAUGCAUGUUGUUACUGGAGACGUCAUUAAAUUUGUGAAGAAACUUUCACAUCAGGCAAAUUGGCAUCCUAUGUGUUCUUCUGCCGCUUAUGAGCACGAGGCUCAUUGUCACUUUCCUGAUGGUGAAGCUGUCAACCAUAAAUUCGAUGUCAUUAUGGUUGAUCUAGAUUCACAUGAUGUAAGGAGUGGUGUAACUGCUCCACCAUUGGAAUUUGUUAAGAAGAAUGUUCUUCUGGCAGCUAAGUCAGUUCUUUCUGAACUUGGAAUUCUUUCUAUAAAUGUCAUUUCUCCUAGUAGGUCCUUCUAUUGCAAACUGGUACAUCAUUUUCAGGAAGUUUUUGCGGAGUUGUACAAGAUAGAUGUGGGCAAUGGUGAAAAUUUUGUAAUUAUUGCAUCAGCAUUACCACAUGUGUCUUCUGUUGGAGACAGCAAUAACUCUUUUUUUAUGCGACUGAAAUCAGUUAUUCCAGAAGCAUACAUAAAUUCCAUAACAAAGAUAUAAGGUCUGAGUAAUUGCAGAUUGGCUGGGCAAAUGCAUUUUUGGGAUUUCAUUUUGACUCACAUUCUUCUUUAGAAGACUGAUGAUUGAUUGAAGAUCAUCUAUACUGUUGUGAAGUGAUUCAAUUGCAUAAUUAUUCUCCGUGCCUAUUUUCUCCUCUGGUGAGAUUCAGCUUCAAAGAAUUGAGCAGAUACUGUAAUUAAGGGCCAUUUCCUUGAAAAAGCAGAUUUUCUUCUUUUUGCGGAGAUCCAAUUGCUUUGAUGGGGUAUUCACAUGGUUUUAGACUGUUGAGCUUCAGCUUAAUUGUCCCCAAUAGAUUUAGCACUGAGAAAGCUGCUUAGCUGAUCAUAUUUAUUUUUUGACAUUAAAGAGGUUAUCUCUAUUUACAAUGGCUACCUAUUUGAGAAUGAUGAUGUUUGAGAGAAAUGUGUGCAGACUUUGGAUGGGAUAAUAAUUGAUAGUUCUCCAGAUGACAGAUACUUGAGAUCUUGGUGGUGGAAGAGGUGUACUAAGAAUUGGCAACAAAGACACCAAUGUAGCCAACCCCUGCGAUAAAGAAGGCAAGAGAUUGCAGGAAGAGGUAUAUGAAGUACCUAUUCUUCCCAAAGGCUAGGUCGUAGCAUCCACAGAUGAAGAGAAUAGAUGAAACAAGUCAAAUAGUCUUGACCUUGGAGUUCCCACAGCAUUAAGCAGAGUAAUGAUGGAAGGUAUAUACACGGCACCCCACUUUGGAACUUCCACUUCAGGAACAAGAACAGUUGCAGGCAGAACAACACAGUAGAACAAAAAUGUUACCACAUGGGCUAUGAUCUUUCUGACAAAGAAAAAGCUAUAAAUCACAUAGAACUUCUUCCACAUAGAUACUUUCUGCAAGGUAUGAUGAACAAAGAAUUAGAAGAGAUGGGUAACUGUAAAAUGUCCUUAUUGAGGUCCUCCGGAGGUAAUUAUAAAAAAGUUGAGAUUAAUACCUUGUUUCUUAUGAUUUCCAAGGCCAUUUUCCUGAAGAGAUUAGCUGGCCCACAAGACCAUCGGUGUUGUUGAUAACGGUAGGCUUUGAAUGUACUUGGCAAUUCAUUUUUCACCUGAAUUUAUUUGUGAAAUUAUGAGUUCAUGCAAAAAGAUCAGUUGAAAACCUUAUUCAAAUUACUGUGCACCAUCUUAAUUUAUAAAAUAAUCUUAGAUGCUCAUGAGAAUAUCAUCCAUGCGUGAGAAGUUCUUGGGUAGAUAUGAUAGAUACAUCCAACAAAUUAUGAAGAAACAAGUAUGUUAGAUGUGUGCCCUCUAAAAUGUGCCAAAUAUGUUUCAUAUUUAUUCAUAAUCGGUUUGCUCUGUCUUCAUUUUGUCGGUUUGCCAAAUAUGUUUCAUAUUUAUUCAUUAUCAAGUCAGAUUCAUUUUGUUGGUCUAUUUUUUGAUAUGUAGUUCAACACCCAGUGAAAUAACACUACGGUUCAAUUAUUUUAUCCAUCUUAAGAAUGCUUGUUCAUGUAUUGACCUGAUUUCAGGCUGAAUUUGGAUCUAAACUUUUAUAUGAUUUUGUUGGGUUUUGGCUCCGACCACUUGGGCAACUUCUACAAAAGAUAUUUUGGUCAGGUCAAUUAAGAGACAUGAACAUGAUCAGCUUGAUUUAUCUAUUUCUGUGAAUAUGUUUAUCAGAAGGUUUUUCAAUGGAUUAGACCAAAAUUGACAACCUGGCUCAUAUUUUACGAUACCUGAAGGUCACCGAGGUAUAAAAAUUUCCAGCCCUUGAGACCUGCUCGGACGGCCAAGUCCAUGUCUUCGACGGUUGUUCUGUCCUUCCAUCCUCCUGCCUCAUUGAGUGCAGAAAGCCUCCAGACACCAGCUGUGCCUGUAUAUGCACACAAUAUUAUCGUCUCCCUCAUGUGAGCCUUCCUUUUGUUAUGCAGAAACGAAUACGGGGUGAAGCAGCUGUAAUAAGGUACUAAAAGAGAAUGGUUUACCAUUGAAACCAAAGAAAGCGUAGGUAGAGGAUCCAACUUCCUGCUCAACUUUGAAAUGGUAAUCCAGUGACAUCUGUUGCAUUCUUGUCAUCAAGCAUUCAUCAGCAUUUACUGCGAUACAACGGGAGAGAAUAUUACUGUUCCAGGAUCCGCUUUAAUUGCAUCUCCUAAAUUCUAAUUAUUGUGUUGACAAUAUGUCUAAGGAUGCUACUAGAAACUUGAUAAUUUUGGAAAAGAAAAGGAAGUACCGAAAGUCCAGCGAGCUUGGAGGAGAGCAAGUUGAGGGUUGUGGAUGAGGAAGGGAAGGGUGCGGAGGAGGAAGUCGGGUUGAGGUUGGAAGUCGGCGUCAAAGAUGGCGACGUAGUCACAGAGAUGGACGUAGGGAUGCUUCAUGCCUUCCUUGAGGGCUCCUGCUUUGUAGCCUCUUCUGUUCUCUCUGAUCUCAUACUUGAUGUUGAUGCCUUUGCUCUCCCAUCUCUUGCACUCCGUUUCCACCAUGUCCUGUCAAAUACAUUUCCAUUAAAUUCAAAGACAUUAUAAAGUUCAAAUACAAAAAUUAAGAAAUGGAGGACCUUGAUGAGAGGAUCAGUGGAGUCAUCCAGAACUUGAAUGAUGAUCCUGUCAGCCGGCCAUGAUAGCCCGCAUGCUGUUCCUAUUGACAGCUUGUACACCUGCAUGCUCCCAUGCACCCACACCAAUCACACUUGCUUCUACCUCA